AAUCACUUCAGAGGCUCGUGAGACUACGGCGCAACAAACGCAAUGUUGCCUGUUUUCACGAUGACCCACAAAGUGAAAUUGAAUACUACGAUAUUCAAGAAGAACUUCUUUCUUUGUCUCUGAACGUGCAGGUCUCUAAUCAACUGACAUAUCAACCGAUAUGAACAUCACGAUACCGACUCAAUCAGAUCUUUUGGCGGGUGAUGUGCUAGACGUGGAUGCGGUCAGUGAAGCUGAAUCUGUACAGAACGCUUGGGGUAAUGAUCAUGCAUCUUCUGCUUCACAAUCCAAUUCUUCCAUUGAGCUAGAGGCAUCUGUAAACCCGUUGGACGAACCUUCUACUACAUUAGACGCUAGUCAGACCGAGACUGCAAAGCCGGACGAUGAAGAAUAUGGUGAGUUUGUAGAAGCGUCCACUGACCCUCUCAAGCGACCCAUCUAUGAUACAACGGAACAAGAUGACGAAACCCUGGGACUUUUACACAACAGGUCUAGGCCUGUGUGGGAGGUCGAGUGUUACGUCGGUAUGGGCAUGGUCGAGCCAGUGACCGCUAGUAUUGGCAUGGCCACUAGAAGGGUCAAACAGAUGGCUCGUUGGAAGCGAAAUGAUACUAGGGCAAACAUGAUCGUAGCUGAAUGGAAGAGAAAGCGAGUACAGAUGAUCGGACGUGGAACGAUCUCUACUGCGGCCGCUGCUGCUGCUGCUCCAUCUUCUGCCGGAGAUGAUUCGGCGCAGCUUGCCACUAUUCCUGUCAGAGCUGUAUCCAACCAGUAUCUACAGACGCCCAAGGCAACGACUUCAACCUCCGACCUGAACGGGAUGAUCAGACCGGUUCGUUUUGCAGGGUCGGCGGUUGACGAGAUGGUGGAGACCGAGCGUACGGCCUGGGAACCUUAGGUGUCAAGGCGUUGCCCGGGCAGUUUUCCUGGUGGAAUUGCUAGUCACAACAUAAAGAAAAAUGGUUUGGCAUGACUCUGCGUCGCUGUUUCGUCGCUUUUAUAUUGAACAGGUUUUGGGCG